CUCUCUCUCUCUCUCUCUCUCUCUCUCUCUCUCUCUCUCUCUCCCCCCUUCAACCAAGAGAAAUAAUGGUUAAUGUUUCUAAUGGUCAUGAGUCAACUUCCAGCAACAAAAGGUACAGACGGUCGCAGAGAGUCAUAAACGUCCCUUGUUUCCCUGUAUUUACCGGACGGGGUCAAAACCAAAACUUGGAAAAUCACGAGGAAGCUUACUUGGAGCCCGGUGAAAUCGAAGAGAACCGAGAAGAAUGGGUGAUCGCGAUCAAAGACAAGAUGAAGCAAACACUUAGAGAGGACGCUACAACAAGCUGGGAUAAGCUCUGUAUCUACAGAGUUCCACAUUACCUACAAGAAAACGACAAGAAGUCCUACUUCCCUCAAACGGUCUCGCUUGGACCAUACCAUCAUGGAAAAAUACAUCUCAUGCCCAUGGAGCAUCACAAAUGGCGUGCGGUGAAUAAGGUCAUGAAACGUAACAAGCAACAGAUUGAAAUGUACAUUGACGCCAUGAAACAGCUCGAGGAGAAGUCUCGUGCUUGUUACCAAGGUGCCAUUUAUAUGAGUAGUAAUAAGUUCACACAAAUGCUUGUUCUCGAUGGCUGUUUUGUUCUUGAGCUCUUCAGGGGAACCGUUGACGGAUUCCCGGAAAUCGGAUAUGAACUUAAUGACCCGGUUUUUGCUAUGCGAGGAUUGAUGCAUUCUAUUCAACGUGACAUGAUAAUGUUGGAAAAUCAACUUCCUUUGUUCGUUCUUAACCGGUUAUUAGGGCUACAGUCGGAUACACAGAACCAAACCGGUAUAGUGGCUGAAGUAGCUGUUCGAUUCUUCAAACCACUAAUGCCGACGAGCAAGGCAGUGACUGAAAGGGACCAGUUAAAACUCAUGAACUGGCGGAGAAAAUUGGUUGACAACGGCGAGCUCCAUUGUUUGGAUGUUUUUCAUGGAAGUAUCUUCCGGACCUUCCAGUCUAGUACUCGGACACCGUAUCAGACAACUAGACGGUAUAUGUCGUUUCGGAAUAUGAGCAUGGUGGACAAACGACAACAACAACUGAUACAUUGUGUGACAGAACUGAGGGAAGCUGGUGUUAAAUUCAGGAGGAAAAAGACCAACGAGCUUUGGGAUAUUGGAUUCAAAAACGGUUAUCUAGAGAUACCCAAACUACUAAUCCAUGAUGGUACCAAGUCUCUCUUCUCAAAUCUUAUAGCUUUUGAGCAAUGUCAUAUCCACUCGAGCCACAACAUAACAUCUUACAUAAUCUUCAUGGAUAAUCUAAUAAACUCUUCUGAAGAUGUUAGCUACUUGCACCACUGUGGUAUCAUUGAGCAUUGGCUAGGGAGUGAUUCCGAAGUUGCAGAUUUGUUCAACCGGUUAUGUAAAGAAGUGGUUUUUGAUCCACAAGAUAGUUACCUAUCUCAACUUUCCAGUGAAGUUAACCGUUAUUAUAGUCGUAAGUGGAAUUCUCUAAAGGCUACCUUACGACACAAAUACUUCAAUAACCCUUGGGCAUAUUUCUCCUUUUUUGCUGCAGUUACUCUGCUAGUUUUCACAUUUUCUCAGAGUUUUUAUGCUAUUUAUGCAUAUUACAAACCACCACCAAAGAGCUAGCUACGGGCGUAUUUCUCACAUUUUCCUAAGAGUAUUCUCAGACACCAGUAUAUAUAUAUUCUGUUCGAACCUCCAAAAUGCAACGAAGGCGUGUGUGGAUAGCAUAUUAUAAAUUGUUGUUACAGAACUCUGGCUCCUUAAUUCGUAUGUCGCUCGAGGUUAUCCUCGCUGGCUAUAGGAUUAGGAUCUCUUUGACAAGGAAAAUGAUUAUCAUAUGUAAUAAAUAAUAUGUAGUGUUUGAAUAUUCAGUAUCACACUAUGGAAAAGAAAAGAAAAUACAUUUUUUAACGUCUAAUUAAUUAUUAUAUUACAACGCUGAGAAAUAUUACAUAAACGAUUCUACAGCCGGCAAUUCUACCACCAUAUGAUAAUGCACGUCUGACUGCAUCAUUCCGAGCUACCCUAUGAAAUCCAUGUUCGAUGAUUUUGAAAACCUCUUAUAAUCUCUUUUCUCCAUAUUCUGCAUAAUUUACGUUUUCUGGGGUUUGAACCCUAGAUCUCCUGGUGUACAAGUAUUAAUAAACUCUUAGUCAAACCAUUGAACUAAGGGGGAUUCCACAAAAAAAUAUGUUUCAUUGAUCUUUUUCAUUCAAUUUUAGUAUUACUAGUUCAGAGAAUUUGUAAAAUACGACUCAAAACUUGAUUUUAAUCUCAAAAGUAUACCCAAACUUGAAUCAAAUGCAAAAAUAACCCAAAUGCCUAGUGAAAUUACAAUCAGCCCAUUAUAACUAAACAAAAAACAAUAAUUUAUUUUUAUGAAUAUAAUCUCGUAAAGUUUUAUGAGGUCUUGUAAGUCUUCUGAGGUUCUAUAAGUCUUCUGGAAAACUUUCAGAAAGUCUUCUCAUAUAGUAGAUCUUAAAAUAAUUUAUAUAUUUUAUAAAAAUAUUUUGAUGGAGAAAAAUUGAAAUCAUGUAAUUAUAUACAUUUGUAAAUGAUAUAAAUUAAUAUCUAGUAAAAUUGAAUUGUCUUCAACAUAGACGAGUGAAUGUAGUGUGUUACAUGGUAUUCUUUGGUUAAGAGUUUGGUAACAUAUGUUGUAGAAUUGCAUGUAUUCUUAGGGUUAGAUUUUGGAAGCUUAACUUUUUUUUGAAAAAUUAAAUUUAAACUUAUAUGUGUUUAGUUUUGUGUAUAUUAAACACUUUUAAAGUUGAUUUUAAGUUUUAUGAGGUGUUUGUUUCUAGUUAGUUGCUUAUUUUGAGUUUAGGGUUUAAGUGACUUAAGUCUUCCAACAAAUAGUAAACUAGAAGACUUCCGCAGAAGUCUUAUGGGUGAAUAGUAAAUUUAGGGUCUAGAAUACUUUCAAGUAAUUUUUUUAGGAAUUCUUCUAUUAGAAGACUUACUUGAAAGUCUUCGGAAUCAAAAAUAUGUAAUCUUAUUGGAAUUUUUGUUUCAAUAUAUAAAGAAAAUUUAAAUAUUUUUUCUCUUCCUCUCAAAUGGCUGCAACAAAAAUGUAAUGUUUCUCAUUCUAAAACUCUUCAAUCUCUCUCUAAUCUCCUUGAACUUAAAAAACCAAACUUUAUAACAAUUUAUCAUUUUUAUCUCAUGUCUUUCUCACUGAUUUAUUUUGUUUUUACGGGUUUUUCAUUACAUGGUUCUCAUCUUCCGCUUAUUUAAAGGUAUAGCUCUUACCUUUUGAAAACUUUUUUUGUUGUUUUAAGUUAUUACCUUAUUUUUGAAAAUUUUCAAUGUUUGAAGUCAUUUGAAUACUUUUUGAUAUGCAGGUUUUUCAUAUCUGAGACAGACUUGGGAUACUUUACAAGGAAGUCUUCUCGGAAGUUUCCUAACAUUUAAUGCACUAGAAGACUUCUAAUUCAGAUGGACUCUUCUCCCAUGUCAAGUGGAGUCCAAGUUUGUCUUUGUGGAGGAAUGGUCUA